AUGACGCACCACAACAGCAGCAGCGGCGGCAGCAGCAGCAACAACAACGCCAUCGUCAUACCGAACAUCGAUCUCGACAAAUCGUCAUCCAAACAGAAACGUCACAGAACUCGCUUUACUCCGGCACAACUGAACGAGCUGGAGAGAGCGUUUUCAAAAACCCACUAUCCUGAUAUCUUCAUGAGGGAAGAACUUGCUCUCAGGAUUGGCUUAACUGAAUCCAGGGUUCAAGUAUGGUCUUAUCAAGUUUUUUUAUUCAAUAGUGAUAUGAGAAGUACGCUAACUAUCAUUAACGUUAAUACCACCUUUACUACUGUUGCUGCUACUCCAGUUGCUACUGCUUAUAUAAUUUUAACUAUUACAACUACUGCAACUAUUGCUGUUGCUACAGCUACUGCCACAGCUACUGCCACUGCUACUAUUACUGCCACUAUUAUUUCCACAAUCACAUCUACUACUACUAUUUUUGUCCCUACUGCUACAACUACGGUGCGGCCGCUGCCACAACUGCAGCUGCUACUACCAAGUGGUACAAAUAUUAUAUUUUAUACUAUUCUCUGA